AUGGAUUUAUUACACAACGGGUGUUGGCUCCAAAUGAAGAGUGCUUUCGGUGGAUGCUUGAGUAUUCUAGCAGUCCUUCUUGCAACUGUAGGAGCAGUAUUGUCAAUGAAAUACUUGGACAACUCUUUCAAUAAUCUUCACCAGAGGAUAGGCAUAGCCCUAUAUAGUGGCAUAUGGCUGCAAGUCUUGACUGGCAUCUUAAGGCCACAUAGGGAAAGGAAAGGAAGAAGCAUUUGGUAUAUUUUUCACUGGUUACAAGGGAUUACAGUUUCUUUUCUGGGAGUAAUCAAUAUAUACACAGGUUUACAAGCUUACCAUGGAAAAACAUCGAAAAGUGUAAGGAUUUGGACCAUAAUUUUUACUGCUAAAAUUUCUGCCAUGAUCUUCUUGUACCUUCUCCAAGAAAAGAAGAAUUACAUGCAGAAACAUGGGGUGAUUUUAGAUGUACAACCAAAUGAUCAAGAACUGUCUCCAAGAAAUAAGCAGAAAGAAACGCCAACACAGAAUUGUUGAGGACUUGGAUGAAAUUUUCUUUUCAUAAAUGUCCACAUUUUGGCAUUGGAUGCUUUCUAACAUUUUUGUGCUUUUGCAUCAUUUCAGUAUAAUGGAUGAGACCUUUUUAUCCACUCUUAAUAUGUAUGAAUUGAAAAUUUGUGUAGGAAGUUGAUAAAUUUUCUUAAAUCAAGAUGCAAUUUCUGCUGAAUUUGUAUUUGAUUUAAGUUAAAUUUCAACAUACUAAGUUUUUCUGUUGAUUUUGUAUU